AUGUCUCAAACACAGCCACCGAGAACCUCUUCUUAUCAACGUCUCGUUGAGAAAUUAAAGAGAAACCCCUCAGAAAGAUUUGAUCCAGCAGAUUGGCCGAGACCCAAGAAUUAUAGUCAAGUAUUAGAUCAUGCUCUUAAGGGAGGCGCAAGAGCGUUUAUCUUGGGAUAUGGAGUAAGAGGAGGUGUCAAUUUCUGUUUAUACCUUAUUCGUGUCCUGAGAAAAAAAGCACCACUUGCCAUGAUCCUGCAUGCGUCCUUUAAAAAUCUGGAUACACUUCGAUUCGCUGCCAUGUUUGGAUCAUUUUCAUUCUUGUGGAAAUCAAUUAAUAAUGGCAUGCGCAUUUAUCGAAACAAGGACGAUCGUCUCAAUGGUCUCGUCAGUGGCGCUAUUGCAGGUCUAAGCAUUCUCUUUGAAAAAAAAGAACGCCGUGUCGAUAUUGCACAACAAUUGUUUGUCAGAGCAUUGCAGGCUGUGUAUAAUGCAGGAAAGGCAAGAGAUAUCUUUUACUUUAGAAAUGGAGAUGCUUUGCUCUUUGGCCUUACCUGUGCUCAAGUUCUCUAUGCCUACACGAUGAGACCAGAUACCUUACCACCUGAUUUUUAUGCAUUUAUGAUUCAAGCUGCACGUUGUCCAAAAGAGGCAUUGAUGCUGAAUAACCUUAAUGUCCGUGGAAUAUCCGUGAGUCCUAAGCUUGCACUAGAUUCCAUUCAACAUCUUCAUCCCACCUCUCACGCCAUCAAAGUCAUCAGCCAACUGGAUCCGAACCCAGCGGCGAUACCAUGUGAAAUUCUUCAUCCUUGGGUAGAUAGCUGUAACCUUACAGCUAUAGAACGUUUUUUCAAUGUAUUCAAGAGCUACCUACCUGUAUACGGUACACUUCACUUUGUGCCCAUGUUACUUCUUCGAACCCAACAUUUACGAAAAGACCCUACUGGCAUGCUCUCAAAGACGACCAAGGCCACACUUAAAUCGGGUGCCUUUUUGGCAACAUUUGUCACUGUAUAUCAAUACCAGAUCUGCAUGCAUCGUCAAUUACUCAAGACGGGUCUCAUUGGCCGGUGGAAUUCUAAAUAUCUCUAUGGCCUCGCUGGUUUCAUAUGCUCUUACUUGUCUAUCUUUAUCGAAGACAAAAAGAGACGUAGUGAACUAGCUCUCUAUGUCUUACCCAAGGCCGUCCAUAGCCUCUAUCAGAUUGCGUAUUCUCAUCAUUGGAUAUUCAAGAUGAAAUACUUUGAGGUCCUCAUGGCCAGUACUGCGAUGGGUAUCAUUAUGUCAUUCUAUCAGGAAGAACCAGAUGUGCUAUCUUCUUUUGUCAGAAAGAUCAUGUUUCAAUUCUUUCAGAAAAACUAA